UUCGGCGGGCGGCGUGAUCAGCUGGUCUGCGCUGCACUGACGUGGGCUGGGGCACGUCACCGCCGAAUGGCAGCCUCCAGAAAGGCACCGCGAGUAAGGCUGAAUCAUCAAGAUUUUCAGUUGAGGAAUUUAAGAAUAAUUGAACCUAACGAGGUGACAUCCUCAGGAGACACAGGUGUGGAAACAGAAGGCAGAAUGGCUCCCAAGGUGACAUCAGAGUUGCUCCGGCAGCUGCGACAAGCCAUGAGGAACUCCGAGUACGUGACUGAGCCGAUCCAGGCCUAUAUCAUCCCGUCGGGAGAUGCCCACCAGAGUGAAUAUAUCGCUCCUUGUGACUGUCGGCGGGCCUUUGUCUCUGGAUUUGAUGGUUCUGCUGGCACGGCCAUCAUCACUGAGGAGCACGCGGCCAUGUGGACCGAUGGGCGCUACUUUCUCCAGGCUGCCAAACAGAUGGAUAGCAACUGGACGCUCAUGAAGAUGGGCCUAAAGGACACACCCACCCAGGAGGACUGGCUGGUGAGUGUGCUUCCCGAAGGAUCCAGGGUGGGUGUGGACCCACUGAUCAUUCCCACAGAUUACUGGAAGAAGAUGGCCAAGGUUUUGCGAAGUGCCGGCCAUCACCUUGUACCUGUGAAGGAGAACCUUGUUGACAAAAUCUGGACAGACCGGCCUGAGCGACCCUGCAAGCCUCUUCUCACACUGGGCCUGGAUUAUACAGGUAUCUCAUGGAAAGAGAAGAUUGCAGACCUUCGGUUGAAAAUGGCCGAGAGGAGCAUCGUGUGGUUUGUGGUCACGGCCCUGGAUGAGAUUGCUUGGCUAUUCAAUCUCCGAGGGUCAGAUGUGGAGCACAACCCGGUAUUUUUCUCCUAUGCGAUCAUAGGACUAGAGACGAUCAUGCUCUUCAUUGAUGGGGACCGCAUAGAUGCCCCUGGUGUGAAGGAGCAUCUGCUCCUUGACUUGGGGCUGGAUGCCGAAUACAGAAUCCAGGUGCUUCCUUACAAGUCCAUCCUGAGUGAGCUCAAGACGCUGUGUGCUGACCUGUCCCCAAGGGAGAAGGUGUGGGUCAGUGACAAGGCCAGCUAUGCUGUGAGUGAGGCCAUCCCCAAGGAUCAUCGCUGCUGUAUGCCUUACACCCCCAUCUGCAUUGCCAAAGCUGUGAAGAACUCAGCUGAGUCGGAAGGCAUGAGGCGGGCACAUAUUAAAGAUGCUGUUGCCCUCUGUGAACUCUUUAACUGGUUGGAGCAAGAGGUUCCCAAAGGUGGUGUGACAGAGAUUUCGGCUGCUGAUAAGGCGGAGGAAUUUCGCAGGCAACAGGCUGACUUUGUGGACCUGAGCUUCCCAACCAUCUCCAGUACAGGACCCAAUGGCGCCAUCAUUCACUACGCGCCUGUCCCUGAGACAAAUCGGAGCUUGUCCCUGGAUGCAGUGUACCUCAUUGACUCGGGUGCUCAGUACAAGGAUGGAACCACAGAUGUGACCCGAACCAUGCAUUUUGGGACCCCUACAGCCUAUGAGAAGGAAUGUUUCACAUAUGUCCUCAAAGGCCACAUAGCUGUGAGUGCAGCUGUCUUCCCGACUGGAACCAAAGGUCACCUCCUGGACUCCUUUGCGCGGUCAGCCUUGUGGGAUUCUGGCCUGGACUACCUGCAUGGCACAGGACAUGGUGUUGGAUCUUUUUUGAAUGUUCACGAGGGUCCUUGUGGCAUCAGUUACAAAACAUUCUCUGAUGAGCCACUGGAAGCUGGCAUGAUCGUCACUGAUGAGCCGGGGUAUUAUGAAGAUGGGGCUUUUGGGAUCCGCAUUGAGAAUGUUGUCCUCGUAGUUCCUGUGAAAACAAAGUAUAAUUUCAAUAACCGGGGAAGCCUGACCUUUGAACCUCUAACUUUAGUUCCUAUCCAGACCAAGAUGAUAGAUGUGGAUUCUCUCACAGACAAAGAGUGUGACUGGCUCAACAAUUACCACCAGACCUGCAGGGAUGUGAUCGGGAAGGAACUGCAGAAACAGGGUCGCCAGGAAGCUCUUGAGUGGCUCAUCAGAGAGACACAGCCUAUCUCCAAGCACCAUUGAUACCUCCCUGGUUUUGUUUUUGUAAAAUGCUCUGGGGAAAGGAAGAAACAUGGGAGACUCCUGACAUCUUUCUCCUUUCCUCUUCUUUCUCCUCAGUGCUCCUUUUUACUUUUAGAUGCUAAGAAGAACUGAAAACCUUCUUAUCCUCUUUGAUAUUUUCUUGCAAACACUUAGUCUUUUACGAAUUUUUAAUUGUUGAGAAAGAGCCAGGAAUUAAAUUGCUACACAAGAAGGAGGGUCCCCAUAAAGCUGAAUAUUAGACAAGGGGGAGACCGCCUGAGCCCCCUGGCCAGUGCUGGUGAACCAACAGUGCUCCAUGCUGGUCACGUUCCCGGUGCUAGUCCAUCAUUCGUGAUCACCUCGAUGCCCAUGAGACCGUAUUGUGAUCAGUGAAUAAAGACGUCGGAACUUU